AUGGCUAUCUCCUCGCCCUCCCCUGGCUUCCACCUCUCCCUCCACCUCCAAAACCCCACCCCCACCCCCACCCCCCACCCAGGCCCCAACCGCAAGCCCCGGCCGACCCCGACCACCGAGACGCUCCGUCGCCGCCUCCUCCGCAAGGGCGUGUCCCCGACGCCCAAGAUCCUCCAUGCCCUCCGCAAGAAGGAGGCCGGCAAGUCGCUCCGGCGCGCGAGGAAGGAGGCCUCCGCCGCCACCGCCGCCGCGCCGCCGAAGGAGGACGCGCUGGUGGCAGAAGAGGAGGCCCGCUUCCGCGCGGCCGCCGAGGAGUACCGCGUCCUCAUGGGGCGGCCCUGGCACGGCGCCCGCGGCGUCGUGGGCCCUCCGCGCGCGGCCUCCGGCGAGGAGGGCCUCGUCGGCCUGCGGAAGAUGCUCGAGGAGAGGAGCGGUGACAGAUUCCAGUGGCUUCUUGACGGCGACGUAGAAGAUGAGGGGGUGGAGGACGCCAAGGGGAAGCAGAGGCGUGUCGGCUCCGGCUGGAUUUCGGAGGUGGGGGACGAGGAGAGGAGGAUUGAGUUGCUGGUCAGUAGGCUCAGUGAAGUGGACCUUAGUUCGGGUGAUUGGAGGCUUACUAGAAUGAUGAAACAAGCUGACCUAAUAUAUAAUGAAGAUAAUCUAUUACAAAUACUCAAAGGGCUCGAGGCAAAAGGAAACUGGAGGCAGGCUGUUGCUGUUACCGAGUGGGUGUACAAUGAGAACAGCUACAAGCAUCGAAGAAGCAGGUUUGUCUAUACCAAGUUACUGUCAAUCCUUGGGAAAGCAUGGAUGCCAACUGAAGCACUGCGGAUUUUCACCAUCAUGAGGGGAGAUGCUCAAAUAUACCCUGAUAUGGCUGCAUACCAUAGUAUUGCUGUUACACUUGGUAGAGCUGGCCUUCUCAAUGAGCUAAUUAAGAUAAUCGAUUAUAUGAGACAGAAGCCUUCAAAAAGGGUAAUGAUGAUGCGGCGCAAAGAUUGGGAUCCUUUGUUGGAGCCGGAUGUUCUCGUUUAUAACUCGGUUCUUAAUGCCUGCGUACUAUCACAGCAAUGGAAAGGGGUAUUUUGGGUGUUUCAGAAAAUGCGGUUCGGUGGAUUGACACCUACAGGAGCGACAUUUGGCUUGGCAAUGGAGGUUAUGCUUAAAUCCAAGAAGUAUGAGUUUGUCCAGAAGUUCUUUGAAAAGAUGCAGAGGAAAGGUGUACCUCCAAGAGCGAUAACUUAUAAAGUGUUAGUAAGAGCCUUCUGGGAACAAGGAAAAGUAAAUGAAGCUGUUGAAGCAGUUAAAGACAUGGAACAAAGAGGAGUCGUUGGAGCUGCAAGUGUGUACUAUGAAUUAGCUUGCUGUCUUUGUAAUAAAGGAAGGUGGAAAGAUGCUAUGUUACAGGUUGAGAAGAUGGAACAGCUUCGCCUCACUAAACCACUGGAGUUCGCAUUUACUGGCAUGAUCCUAGCCUCUUUUGAUGGUGGAUAUAUCUCCGAGUGUAUCUCGAUAUUUGAGUCAAUGAAGGACUACUGUACUCCAAAUAUUGGGACGAUAAAUGUGAUGCUAAAAGUUUAUGGACGCUGUGAUAUGUUUGGGAAGGCAAAAGACUUGUUUGAGACCACCACAUAUAGUGCUUGUAGUUCUCAGCCACAUAUCCGUGACCAUUCUUCACUUAAAGCAGACGCGUAUACAUACAGCUCUAUACUUGAAGCAUCUGCAUCCGCCCAACAGUGGGAAUAUUUCGAAAAUGUAUACAGACAGAUGACUCUUUCUCAACACCAUCUAGAUCAAAGCAAAUAUUCAUGGUUGCUUGUCAAGGCAUCGAGAGCUGGAAAGCCCUAUUUGGUGGAGCAUGCACUUGAUUCAAUACUUGAAAGAGGAGAAAUCCCUGAUGUAGAGCUGUUCACUGAAAAUAUUUGCCAAACUAUUGCUGAAAGCGACCAUGGAAGAACACUGCAUCUCAUGAAUACUAUGUCUGCGGCUUCAGUCGAGAUGAAUGAACAGCAAUGGAGCGAUCUACUUCAGCAAAAUUCACAUCGAUUCAGGGUGGAUGCGUUGAAAGACCUUAUAACGCACCUCAGUACUAGUGAUGCCAUCAAAACAGAUCCCGGACUCGGUUUUGUAAGAGCAUUGCAGUCCCAAUGUGCGACAAUGUUGGCGAAAGACGCUGAAGAGCCUCAAGCAGAUAAUUGUUCACAUAGCAAUCUGAUGGAACAGGAUGAGAUCUCUUGCAAGGACUCAUUGGGUAGUCAUGAAUUCUCGGAUUCCAGUACUGAUAUCCCUGUAUCAGGUGUCAAAGCUGGUUCGGGUGGGGACAUUGUACUGCGUGGUCCGCAUUCAGAAGAUGAACAUCGUAAUCUUGCGCAUUGGGGCACACAGGUAUCUGCCAUCGACAAAGUGCUUGAUUCCAUGAACUCAUUUGGUAACUGUAGUUCAUAUGAAAAGAUGCCGACAGCAUUAGAAAUUCUCGAAUCAUGGGAGCAGGAGUGUGUUGAGGACAUAUUUGCUCCAAAGAAGGGAAGCAGAGAAACUAUGAGAGAUAAAUGAAUGAAGCACUCAAGCAUGUUGUUCGAUGUUAUUAGUGUAAAAUUCUGACAUCAAUUUGAACUGGCUUCAGGCCUGGUUAAUGCGGAAAUAAUGGAGUCCCGCAGGCUUUGGUUGCUUCUGGUUGUUGUGAUCCCACCAGAGUUCUGUAGAAGAGUAAACCAACCUGUGAGUAUUUAUUUGCACACAUGUUCUUUUGUUGCACAAACUAUUUGCGGAUAAGUGCUGCUCUGGGGUAAAUAUGUGUGGUAGUUUAGGGGCAAACCUGUGUAUUAACUUCAUUUGUAAGAAGUGGAUCUGUACCAUUGGAUCGCGAAGGAUACUUAGGCACAUGUUCUAGUAGGAACUGUAAUAGAACUCUGCUUUUUUGCAUAACAAAUCACAUCAAUUUGUGAAUCA